AUGAAGACUCACCAGCAGUCACUACUCACCAGCAAUACAUCCCUCCACUGGAUACAUCACAUUGCUGUUGAAGAUCGAAUUCAAACAAGCCACCUAAGUGAUUACCCCCUUGGACUGAUCUUCAAAAAUGAAAACAUAACUGGGGAUUUGUCCGAUGUACUGUUGUAUCUUCAAAAAGAGUAUGUACCAAAGGGACCAAGUGGCUUGGAAAAGGUGUUUGUAGGUGGUGACCGCCUAACUGAGGGUAACUGUCGUAAUCUUCAGUGGGGUUUUGCGGACGGAGCUACAGAAGAAGAACGACUCGAAGGAUUGGCAUUUAAGUUUGAAGAUUGGCAUGCCAUCAGAAAUCUUUUUCAGUGCUUCCAAGACAACAUGAAUUGUCUGGAUGCCCCAUGA